AGAUAGAGAAUGUAACGAUUUCCGCGAGGUCUUCUCGUGAGACAAGAAAGAGGAGAGGAGAGGAGAGGAGAGGAGAGGAGAGGAGAGGAGAGGAGAGGAGAGAAGAGAAGAGAAGAGAAGAGAAGAGACGAGGCGAGCAGCUUGCAGCGAUCGGUGGCGAUUUUCUAAAUUUAGGGGGAGGGCCGCUUCGUCAUCGGGAGGGAAGUUUAUGGCGUGAGGUGUUAUUGGUGCGCAAACGGACUCGCCCGUUCUCUUCGCGGAAAAGAAUUGAAGCUCAUCGAUAGUCUACAGGAUGCACGCGGUUGGAUUGCACUCGGCGCUGGCCAUCAAGCGUCAGCGAAUGCGUCGGGAUGAGCAGCGUCGCGCGCGCGAGCGUCGUUAUAGCGCGCAAUCGGGCGAAAGUGGCCUGACAUCGCCUAGGGCAUCGACCGGAUCGCUGGACCACCAUGGCAGGCAUCACAAGAGCACGCAUGGCGGAGCGCGUGCGGCCGGCCAGGGUAUGCUGGACACGAAGGUGGUCACUUCGAUCGGAAUGCUGCACAUCGGCGUGGUAUUCCUGGUACUGGGCGCUUUUCUGCUGAUGAGCGGCUUGUUGCCAGGCGAUCUCGCUCACUGGGGCACUAAAGCAUCUGGCGGCUGGUGGAACGAGCUGGUCGCGGUCGGCCUGUUCGCAAUUCUAGUAGGCAUUUUCUUGAUUGUUCUGAAUCGUGUGAUCGCCAAGAAGGAGGAGGAUGAUCUCGAAGAAUAUGUACAACGGCAACUCACCAGAUCUCGAUCAGGACAUCGAUUGGAGCGGGAUGUGGAAACCGGUGGACUGACUACUCGCCACGCCAGACGGGCGAAACAGAUGAGGCAGGUGUCAUCGGACACAUGUCUUGAGAUCAAGGAUAAUGGCAAGGUCAACGGUGGCGAUUCGCCGCCACGGAGCCCGCCACCGGCAUACACGCCGCAGGUCGCGAUCAAUGGCGAAAAUCAGUCGACGGUCCAAUCGGCACUGUACCUGGAGCAGAUUACCGAGGAAGAAAUCAUCAGCGACCGUAUCGAAACCUCGACCACCAACAGUCUCAGUCCGAGCUCUCCUAGUGAGACUCGAGAGCUGCUGCAGAAUGCGAGAUACUCGAAGCAGAAUGGAAAUCCGCAGCAAGUUCAUCGGCCGCUUUAUGUCUCUAAGAUCUAGAUCUUAGAUCGAAAGAGGAUGAAAGGAGACGAUAGACGACAAGCGUAUAACGUGUAUACGCGGAAAAGUUUAUCUUCUAUCCAUUCUUAUCGGCGUCUUCCGACUGCAAUAUUCUUGAGAAUGAAAUUCCGCAGUCAGCGAACAUCAUUCUCUCGCAUCGGACAAAUCGUAUAAUGAGUAUAAUGACACAAUUGUGAGGAAACGCAAGACUGGAAAAAAAAGACAGUAAGAGAAACGAAAUGUGACGUUGCAAGACGUUGUAAUCAAAACAGGCAGACCCGAGAAGAUGGAAUCUCCGCAUGGAUUAAGUAGCGACUUUUACGUGGCGUAACGCAACAGUCCUCAUAUUUAUAUCGAAUCGAGAUAUACAUGAUAUCCGAACAUUUCUUUCGAGAGGAAAGAACUUCCGAAGAAAUUUGAAAAGCUAAAAGCUUUCGAUAAUCAUACACACAUAAUCACAAACAAACGUAUACAUAUGUAUAACACACUCGACCGAUGGAUGAAGUUAGGAAAUCGAAAAAUCGAAUUCAAGGACCAAGAACAUUACCCGUGGAGAUUAUAUCAUUAGAA